AUGACUGAUCUAUAUGGUAUUCUUGACCAAUUGCGCCUGGUCAUCUCACGUUUUGACGACGAGUCAAUCUCUUCCGCCAUUCAAUUCCAACACAUAGUUGCUUGCCGAACACUACUUGACAGGAUUAAAGAGAGAUUAUAUAAAGCUGACCGCGACAAUAUAUGUAGUCAAAAGUCGGCGAUUGGCCGGAAAAUUUCAAAUUUAGGACGAGCUCUUAUCUGGCCUUUCAGCGUCGAUGAAACCAGAGCACUCAUCGAUGAUGUGACGACACAGAAGUCUACUUUGAUGUUUGCACUUCAAGUGGAUGGAAUGAAUGCGCUAUUUGAUGCACUCGGUGACCGGAAGAUACAAGGACUAAAUAUAGAAGCGAUACGGGCGAAUUUGCUUGGCCUCAGGAAGGAGAAAGCGGUAUCUGUAUUGAGUAGGUGCUUCGUGGCACUUAUUUUCCCUUACGUUCAACCUAACUGGUUCACCAAGGGAGAUCAUUUCAAGUCCUGGCUUGAUGAAAAGGAAUCGAAGUUGUGGUUGUAUGGUAUUCGUAAGCAUCCACUCCAUUCUCUCAACAAACUUACCCCAACUCGGAUAGUUAUUCUGAUGCUUGUCGUAGCUGGAGCUGGAAAAACUAUAUUAAUCAGCUCUGCCAUCAGCUGUAUUUUUGACCAGCUUGAAGAUGGUGAUUGUAUACGAUUUCCAACUCCACCUGAAAUUUUAAAUCCUCUAAAUAUCUUGGGUUCUCUGGUUAAGCAACUUGUGUUAGCCGACCGCCGUGGAUUUGCGGAGCUAGAAGCAUGUUGGGUCAAUUAUUGCCUAGAUGAGGAUAUUGGAAUUUCGAAUUUAAUAUCGGUAGAGCAUCUCUAUGAACUACUUCGGGAUAUAUCACGUUACUUCGACAACGUUUCUCUUGUUGUUGAUGCUCUAGAUGAAUGCGGAGAUGGUCGUUUGGAUAUUGUACGUCUUCUAACUAAACUCAACGCUACCAAAGACAGCAACAUCAAAAUGAUCUUGGCCUCACGGUCCGGACCAGAAAUCGAGAGGUACUUGGUAGAUUUUACAAAACUUUCAAUUGCAGUACACAGAAACGACUUGGAACUCUACGCUCACCUAGAGCCAAGAGCUGAAAGAAGAAAUCAUUUCGCGCAACGUUUAGUGGAUGAGGCACAGGUUAUGUUUCGCUGGGUAACAUGCCAACUAGAUCGGCUAUGCGACCUCGAUCCCCCCAGAGACAUUAACCGUAUCAACCUCAGCAGUGACGAGACAAAAGAGCUUGUUCGUCGAGUCUUGAUAUGGACAGUCUGUGCCGUUACACCACUCUCUUUAGCCCAAUUACUCGAAGCCGUAUCCAUAGACCUGUCUGAUAAGCAUUUGGACCGAGACAGAAUUCUGAAUGAGCAGAGUAUCUUGAAGAGAUGUAGUAGUCUCGUCAGGAAGACUAAGGGACCGUGGGACAUUCGAAUUGAAAUAGCACAUUUCAGCGUCAAGGAAUUUUUACUACUUGAAGUUCAGGAUGACCGCUAUUCCAUGUACCGCACUUCACAUGAUUUUCGAAAUGCUUAUAUGGCUAAGGUCUGUUUGACCUAUCUAUUGUUCGAAGAAUUUCGAGAUAUAAGUCUCUACACUAUGCACGCAGACAAAAAUGUUGUGAUUGAGAAAUACGCUUCGUUGAAUUUUGUUCGUCAUUCGUGUGAUAAGAGCGAUUAUGAAGGUAUUUCAAUAUUACUGAAACGACUCUUUAAUCCUCUGAAGACAGAGAAUUUCGUUCCUUGGGCCCAGGAACUUUUGCACCCCUCGUACUUUAACGGUGACCACCGUACUAUUGUUAAAAUUAUUGCGAGCACUAGUUCACUACAUUUUGCAAUCUUGCUGUCACUUCAUCAUGUCGUCGAAUGGUUAAUUUCAGACGCUAGCAAAUACUCUCAAAUAAAUGGGACCGUGAUAUAG